CGUGUCCGCCGGCGGAGUGCGGAGACAAUAGAGAGCGGGUCCAGGGAGAGUCAGCGGCCGAGAGGAGGUGAUUGUGAACGGCGGCGCAGACGUCCCGGGUCCCCGCUGAGGUUUGAGCUGCAGACUCCGGUCCGCACUGCGAGGCACAAAUAAAGCUGCUUGGAGGACGUUUGCUGUCAGAGAAUUAGCAGAGCGUCGUCUGGAUGGACUGACAGCUGCAGCAUACAGAGAAAAGGUUCGUCUUUAAUCAAACCGAACCAAUUAACUGAUAAUUAAAGGCUGCUCCAGGAACAAUCGUCUCCAGACCAGCCCUCGGCCCCCCGGCCCAGUCCCUGCACCAGAAUGAACUCCUCACCCCACGGCUCCCGCUCCUCCAUUGACAUCCUGGAGGAACUCCAGCUGAUUGCUGCACAGAACCUGGAAAAACUGGACAUCAACAAAUACUACGAGGUCGUCCGCGAACUGGGCAAAGGCACCUAUGGGAAAGUGGACCUGGUCAUCCAUAAAAUCAGAGGAACAAAAAUGGCCCUGAAGUUUCUGAGGAAGAAGACCACCAAGCUGAAGAGCUUCCUGAGGGAGUACAGCGUCUCCCUCUACCUGUCACCAUGCCCAUUCAUCAUCAACAUGUACGGCAUCGCCUUCGAAACCGACGAGUACUACAUCUUCGCUCAGGAGUACGCACUGGCUGGAGAUCUGUUUGACAUCAUCCCUCCUCAGGUAGGACUUCCUGAGGUGGUGGCAAAGCGCUGUGUCCACCAGGUGGCCAUCGCCCUGGACUACCUGCACUGCAAGAAGCUGGUCCACCGGGACAUCAAGCCAGAGAAUGUCCUCAUUUUUGACAAAGAGUGCAGAAAGGUCAAGCUGUCAGACUUUGGCAUGACGCGACGUGCUGGCUCUCCAGUGAAGCGCGUGAGCGGCACGAUCCCAUACACGGCGCCCGAGCUGUGCGACCCCUCUCGGCACGAGGGCUUCUGCGUGGACUACAGCACGGACGUGUGGGCCUUCGGCGUGCUGCUGUUCUGCAUGCUGACAGGAAACUUCCCCUGGGAGAAGGCCAUGCCCAAUGACGCCUUCUACGAGGAGUUUGUCCGCUGGCAGCGGCGUCGGACGGGCACGGUGCCCUCGCAGUGGCGGCGUUUCACGGAUGAAGCUCUACGAAUGUUUCGUAGGCUCUUAUCCAUCGAGCAGGAGCGCCGCUGCUCCGUAAAAGAAGUCUUCAGCUACUUCAACCAGUGCUGGAUGUUGGACACAGAGAACGGGAACGCUAAUGGCACCGGUGGGGGGUUAGAGGGCGGCGCACCUCCUCUGGACAUCAGCUCAUCCUCAUCUGAAGAGGACGUAUUAGUGGACAAAAUGAAGCAGCAGAGCCUGUCACCCGCCUGCAUGGUGGCGAAGGGAGGCCUCAUGAUGGACACUCACUACUCCUCCAUGUCUGCCAACAGCUCGCCGUCCUCCACCGGCAGCUACGAGCGAGUCAACAGAGACAACAACGAAAGAGGACGCAUCCUUGUGGCGACGCCCAUCGAGAUCUGUGUGUAGAGACGACCAGUGAUGCCUCUGGGCUACCCGCUCACACGUGUACGCUGCUGUGUGCUGAUGAUUUCUCCCAGUGUGGGAAAGGAAGAAGGGAAGUGCGCCGACCGGUGCUCAGCAUCGGCAAACGAUUGAGAGCCUCACAUAUGAUGUAGCUUCACUGCAGAUUUAUUCAUUUCUGAUGAAGACAAACUCUGAGGAAAUGACCCGAGAGACAGUCACACACUGUAGCCUCUUGUAUGUGGUUUAUACUUCAGUUACUGGAAUAGUACAUGGACACAAUGGACAACUUGUAAAGAAGAAGGGGAAGAAAACAAAAACGACACAGUCUACAAGCAAUAUGUUGAAAAAAAGUAAUCUGUAAAGAAAAGGAGGAAGAUAUGAUUGACUUUGUGCGUAAACUGACUUGUGUGUUUAAUGUAGUGUUCGGUUUUCAUGUUUGGUAGGUUUGUGUGGAGUGUUUUUAUUUGGAGUUAAGUUAUUUAUUUAAGUGAGACGCACAUAUUUAUGAUUGUUUUAUUGAGCAGCACCACAGAUACGAAUCCUGAUUUUGUUUAGUUUUUUUUCUAUUUUCUCUCAGAAAAAAAAAAAAUAAUAAUAAUUUACUGAGAAAAUAAAGGAUUGUAGAAGCAGGUUUACGUUUUUCUUUAAACAUUCAAACAUUCACCACCAUGUUGUGAUUUCCCAUUAAAGUAGAAGUUAUUUCCCAUACUUUCCCAUGAUGCCGAAACUUAUUGUACAGGAGCUGUUUCUAACCAGUCCUCCCAUUAAACUACAGCACACUGGUACCAAUUAAUGAUCUUUAAAAUAAAAGUAAAAAAUAAAAUGACAGUUUGUAACUGUCUACUUUGCAAUCUAAUUUUGUUUUUCUUUACUUGCAUGACUUAUAAAAAUUAUACAAAUUAUAUAUCCUUUGAGCAACUAAAUUAUUACAUUAUAGUGAUAAUUUGAGAAAUAUGGAAUAUUCCUAAUUCCAAUUAUCCACUGCAAAUGCAAAUUCACUUUGGACUGUUCUUCAUUUUCAUUUUUUUUUAUUUAUUAAAAGACGUAACCCUGAAAAUGUGACCACGAAUGUAGAAAAAAGUAGAAAAAGUUCCUUAAGGUUUGGAAAGAAGUCACUCCUUUCUUGUUUAAAAGAAGUAUUGCAUGACAUAUUGUUACUAUGGUGAAGAUUUGUUGAAAUAAAAACACUGAAUCUUU